AUGAAUGCCAGUUCCAGUGGCCUCGCUGCUGCAGCCGCCGCCGCCACUGCUCCAUGGGAUGUGAUGAUCAGGACAAUAGGCGCCUUGCCUCUGCUGCCGACUUCUCACCGCGUCGAUUUCAGGACGAGGAAAGCUAGAGUGGGGAACGGGGGGCGGCCCCGCGGAGUCGUCUUCUGCCGAGGGGACUCAUCCGAGUUCCGGAAACUGGGGAAAGGCAAGGCGGUCACCGCCGCGGAGAAAGCAGAAGAAUGGCGCCUCGACACGAAGAAGAGUCCCCGGAGAGUCCGGAUGCAAGCUCUUCCCGCUCUUCCUUUCCCGUCUCGACGGUAAAAUAAUCUUGUUUUUCUUCCAUCCGUUUUCUGCUGAUCUCCUUUGAUCAUUUUUGGAGGAAUUUUCGACUUUCAGCGGACAAGGCCAUACGCCAACUGUUCUGACUUGGCUUUAUGUAAAUUGUUCUGGAUGUCUACGGUUAGACUCUUACAUCGACACGGUAAAGUCGUGGAGUACGUACGAGCCUUUGAUGAUAUAUGUCUUCUGGAACUGUUUGGAUGUGAACCGAUAUUGCACGCAACUGUCAUGUCGGUGUUCCACUUUGUAAAUCGAAGAGGACGGCGUGUAUGCAUAAACUACGCUACCUCUUGUCCUUGUGCGUUAAGGGAGUAGAACAUCUUUUGUGCUGAUUUAGGCAGUGUAGGGUCUUUCUGGCCAGUCUUACACAAGUAGGAUUUCUUUCUUCCGAUAGAUCUUUGUGCUGAUGCUCUCUCGCAAACUAGUGUUAGGAGUGCAAUAUUGAACUCUGCCAAUCCUUUUUUUUUAUCUGUUAUUCACUAAAGAAGGUUCAGUAAGUUUAUUUUUAUGUCGGUAGUCAAUACCUCUUUGGUAACUAAAUCUAUUUUCCUCAUUCUUAUUUUAGCCGAACUUUAAAAAGUACAUGGUUUUUGCUUUGAAAUCUUCAUACUCAAAUUGGAUGAUGAAGCGCUUGUAUUAAUUAAAACAAAAAAAGUUGUAAGUGUUUGGUCGUUAUAUGAGACAUUGAUUGUAUUCUUAAUGUAUUUGAUACUUAUCCUUCAGAAUCCUCUGUAUGAAGUAAAUAGAUGUUAAACAGUCUAAUUAGGGGUAUUCAUUGAUUUUCCAUUGAUUUAUUUUUUUUGGAGACAUGAUGAUGGCGGGUUAAAAAAAAAUCGGGUCUCUAAUCAUCAAAGAUAUCGACGAGUUAAUUUUCAUGAGAUAAUUCAUAUAAAAUAUCUCUGUUAAUACAAUGCUCAUUCCAUGUGCCAGUUCUCUCUUGUGCUGUCAACUAUGAAACUGGUUACUGUAUCAAUGUAUUCUGUUUUUCUUCAUUACAAUCAUCUGCCUUUUCAGAUUUCUCUUAUCAAGACGAUUGAAGUUUUAUCAGGGUUUUUCAUUUGUCUAUUCAAUUAUGCAGCACAUGAUUGUCAGCUGGAGCAUUAUUUUUUUGAUAAUUCUUUUCGGGUGUUAAUGGAAAAGAUUUAGAAUUCUUUGGCAAAGUAGCUUCCAUGCAUUCUUCAGCUUUUACCGGUUUGAUUUAUGUUGUUUAGCAUGGUCUUGAGGCAUACUACCUUUACUUAUGAGACUGCUGUUGCAUUUUAAUGAUAGAUCUGGAUUGCCUCUAAGUUUUCCCGCUUUCUCUUUUUUAGUCCCAGAAGUGCAUCCAAACCAGAAGAUUUUUAUCCCCGCUGCAGCCCAAGAAAUACUGCUCCUCAGUCUCGUGAUACUCCUCCUAAAAGAGGUCAGAUCCUCUUCCUAUGUUGCCUACCGCUAUAUUUACUUGAUUAAGAGGUUUGGAAGUGGCAUGGUUUCAUUGUGCCAUCAUUCAAAAGUUGCUUCCUGUAAGAGUUCUCCUUGGCACACUUCCACGAUCGAGCACCUAUGUUGAUCAUGAGGUUUUUUUUUCAUUCAUGACAUGUCUUGAAGAUGCUAUUUUGUUCAUAGUUUUUUUCAUUCAUGACAUGUCUUGAAGAUGCUAUUUUGUUCAUAGUGUGAUGUUUCUGAAAGAAUAUUUGGCUUCUUGAUUUAUUCACCCCAGACACUGGUAUUGCUAAUGAGAAGGACUGGGGAAUUAACCUGUUAAACGAAAGUGUAAAUGAGUCUGGCACAAAUGAAGAUGGUAGCACUUGGUACCGGGAAAGUGGAGUCGAUCUUGGAGAUAAUGGGUACCAGUGCCGCUGGGCUCGGAUGGGAGGACAAUCUUAUGAUGGUUCCUCAGAGUGGAAAGAAAUGGUAUGCUUCUUAUUUUCAGAAAAAAUACCUUGUCUUUGGGUUUAUAUCAUGUGGUUAUUUCUGGUGAACAAGAUUGGCUUUUAUGAUAUUUUCCAAUCAAGCUGUUUGAAAUUCCUUUCCAGUUCAUAUAUCAUUUUGUUAGUUCUUGACUUGUAACCUGAUAUAAAUUAUGGAUGUCUUAAGAUGAGCAUUUUCUUUUAAUGCACUUUGCUUUUCUGUUGAACUGAGAAGCAAUAUCUCAGGAUGAAGAAAAUCCCUUCUAUUAUUUAAAGGAAAUGUUUCCAUGACAUUCCUUUUAUGUUGCAUGAGAAAAUCCCUUUUAUUCUUUUGUGUCGAAAUUCAGUAUUUUUCAUAUCGUCUGUAUAAGUAUAUGGCAUUAUUAAGUUAUGGACAAUAAAUUGGUAAAUAAUACUCGGAGUGAACUUUUGAUUCAAUUUGGAAUACGUAUGACCUAUCAAGCAUACAUGAUUUUUUUGUUUUCCUUCUUUAUUAUUUUCUCUUGAAGUGUAUUUGAGACAUUUUCAUAGUAACAAUCUCGUGACAAAUCAUUUUUUCAUAUCAUCUUUGUUUUAUUUCCGUUUGCAGUUUUUGUAUGAAUUCAUGAUGCUCGCGUCAAAGAUGUAGGUCUAUUUGGAGAUAUAAAGCUAAAAAUAUAGAGACUUGUCCAGUUAUUUAAUGUGAACUGCAAAUUUAGUCAUACAUACUCGAGGGUUGAUCCUGUAUAUAUUUUUUUCAUUUAUCAUAUUUUUCUGGAAAGCGGACAGCUCUUUAUUUCAUGACAUGAUUUGAGCUUGGAUGGUUGACAAUGGUCGCUAUCACCUAGUUCCUGUGCAUCAAUCUGAAGUCAGCAGCGUUUUUGGUACGAUAGAUUACCCCAAUUUUGCAAGGAAACUGUCAAGAUAAAUGUGGCUAGGAUUCAGAUGUCUGCUGAUUGCUUCCUUGCGUAGUUGAGGUAUUCCACCACGUUCUAAAGGCUGUAUUGAAGGAGUAUCGAUUCCUGGCUUUAGGUAUUCCACCACGUUUUUGGUGUGGAUACUAGAUUCCUGGCUUUAUCUAUUUGUAUGGCAGAAGCCUCUCUGGUUUAAUAUUAUCAUCUUCUCAUGUUAUUUCCUUUCAGUCUCAUACACAACGGUUUCCUGUUUUUCUGUCUAAAUUUACGUUGCUAGGAUGCAUUUCAAGUCAAAUAUUGCAUUAUGUGCAGUUAAUUUGUUUCAUUAUCGUCUAGUUACACCUGGUGAUACACUAAUAUUCUUCCAUUCAUUUUCUUGGCAGUGGUGGGAGAAGAGUGACUGGACUGGAUACAAAGAACUAGGUGUGUCAUUAUUUUAAAUGUUGUCUAAAUAAAAAAUUCUUAUAAAUUAGAAAGGAUAUCUUACGUGAUGAAAAAAAAGCAUGCUGUAGAAACCAUUGAUAUGUCCAUGAUUGGAGCCUUCCAUAGCUUGAAAUUUAUUUAUCACGUUCACCUGUUAUUUCAAAACAAACUAAAACGUUUAAGAAAAGGCCAUGGACAGCUCUGUGCAUCCAUACAUAUGCAUAAUCAUUUGUGUGGUUUGCUCUGUGUAUUCUCUUAGAUAGUUGUGUGUGCCACCUUGAUUUGCUUCAUUGAAAACAAUGAGUUGUUUUCAAAUUUGUUUGUCCUUUAAAAUCAGUGUUAUAGCCCUGUAAAUGAUUACCAGCAUUUAUUAUGCAUUACCAAGAUCCACUUCAGUAACAGUUUCCUAAAGGGCUACAUUGCAAUUCAGGAAUAAGGAUGUGCAUUUCGUUUCAAGCAAUUUUUUGGGUGGAAACACAAGAGACUGUACAUCAUUCAAUACAGGGAAAAAAUGUUAGUUCAAGUUUCUUUGAAACUGGUUUUUUACUCUUAGCCUUUUGGCUCACAUUGAAGCUUUUGAUUGGAGAUUAUGUUGGGAAGUAGCCUGAUGCACCUACCAAUAUAUCUUUUCUAUCCAUUAUCAUAUUGGGGAAUAUCGUGGGUUUUGGUUCAGUGUUGCACUCAUGGGAUAAAUAGAAGAUUUUGGUUCUGUUUGACGCCACAUGGAAUUGUGAACUAAUUUAGAUUUGCUCAUUCUGCUUUCUCCAUACUCUCUUUCAUCUGAUACGGCUUUAUUACCCCAGUGUGUAUUGACGCUAAUGCACUUUGAUUGUCAAAUUAAUGAGGCAAUCCUUCUUCUGUAGUAAACUGGCCACAUAACUGGAGUUAGUCUUCAUGAAUUUCGUGAGAUUAAUGCUUUUAGCUCUUUGUCCACUGCUUCAUGCCGAGUAAACAUAGAAUUGUGAAGUUAUUCCUCAACCCUUCUACCUUUACUGCUAGGGAAUUUAGAAAAUCAAAUGAGGCACAAUGUUCGAAUGUCUUGAAAAGAAAUGAUAGUGAACUAUUUAUUGUUUUACAUAAUGCAACUCGAUCAGCAUUGCACAUAACCCUUUGCUUUAAAUUUUUCUUCUUGGUGGGAAUGACAAAAGUUCAUCCUACCUUGUUGAUUGAUGUUUAUAUGCUCUAGGUGUGGCAUUCUGAUCUUGAUAAUUUUAUUAAUGUAAGUCACUACAUUCUAUCUCUGUGUGAAUCCUUUGUCCUCAAUGAGGGGUCCACGGAGCUGCACCCCUUCUCACCUGGUCCAUGGACGUCCUCUCUCCAUAGGUGUUGAAAAGUUGGGCAAAAAUGCUGAAGGAGAUUCAUGGUGGGAAACCUGGCAGGAAGUCCUUUAUCAGGAUGAAUGGAGGUACUAUCUAAAUUUAAUUAGGCUGUUUUGAUGCAGUUUUACCGAAUUUGCCAUUUAUCUUUUUAGGCUAUCGUUGUAUUCAAAGGGUGCUAAUGAUUUUUCAAUGAAACUAAUGUCAAUGUCAUGAAUUGGAAAGUUCCUUUGCAGUUCCCUCAGAAACAAGCCAACAGAAUACAAAAUCAUGAUUCUAAAAAUCUCUCGGUGGUGUUUCCUGUUGACCUUUACUCACCCGGGGACAGAGCUUUGACUCUUAUCAAGCAAACCUUUAACUAAGCGUUGUUUUUGCCCUAUAAAUGUUUUACUUUCAGCGUAAUUUGUGGUUCAGAGGUUUCUUCGACGGGUUUUUUUUUUAAAGUACCCAGACUAGGUUGUUGUGAAAAUGGUUUUCAUUUGUAUGAUUCUCUGUGAAGAUUCAUCAAAUUUAAUCACUGUUACAUGAGUAUGACAUCAUGUUGUCAAAUGCCUUAUGGUGGAAUCUAACGAUUGAGAAUUAUUUUCUUUCUUUGGGUUCAAGGAGAGCAGAUUUCGGUUUUAUUUGAGUCAGAAGCCAUCCUUCUGGCUAGGGAUUGUUAGUAGUUUGCUAUAAACGCCAUCAGAAAGCAAAAAGCCCGAAGAAUGAAUAAAAAAUGGAAUACUGUAGUGGUGCAUUCGUCAGACUGUGGUAAAGAUAAAAAAUCACGUCGAGAACCCUGUGUUCCACAAAAUGUGGACAAUCCGCAUGUGCACUGUGAAUGAUGUGACGUCCACAUUUUGUGGGCAAUCUGAAUGAAGUCCACAAAAUGUGGACAAUCCGCAUAUCUUAAAAAUGUUGAUGGUUCACACAAGAUUGUUAAAGGAGAGGACGACAUCAUGUACCUUGUCUUAAAGAGAUACAAUGCAAUAUUUUUAUGAAACCUGAGAAACCAACUAUUGUUUCUUCCUCUGAGUUUUGAACUGGAAUUUUUAUCUAUAAAUAAAGUUUUCUUAGAAUGAAGUGCCUAUAAUUUAUCAGUGGGCUAUGCAUGACGUAUUGACAGGCUUGAUACUAAAUACAGUCUUUGUUUCUAUAUCAACAAACAUCUUAAGAAAUCUACUGUGAAGCCUUUUGAUUUAGAAAUGGUGAAUAAGCUUACAGUGUGGAGACCAGGAGUCUGAGCCUUGAGGAUAACAUGCUAUACUUUUUUCUCCGUCCAUGUUAUCUUAUGGGUUCUUCUGUGAAUUAGGUUAACUGAUGGACUUUUUCGAUAAACCUUGAUAGCGAAUUUGGAAAAGCUCUAGCGUGAAUAUUUAGUGUUGGCUUUGCACCUGUAAUAUGUUGGGGAAAAGAUGAAUGCAAGUUGAGGAUGGUCAAUGACAGUUCCCCUGGUUCAGUUACCGAUAAUGAGUCGUGACUCGAGAGCUAUAAGCUCUUUUUUAUUUUCGUUGUUGAUAAACCUUGGUUUUUUUACUUUAAAAAUGCAGUAACCUUGCAAGGAUAGAGAGAAGCGCUCAGAAGCAAGCAAAGUCGGGGACUGAAACUGCUGGUUGGUACGAGAAGUGGUGAGUAAUAUUUCCGGUGAAUUUGAAGUUGAAUGGUUUAUCUGCAUUCAUCAUGUCAGGUUGAGUCAUUCAUCUCCAAAAUUAGCUUUGUCUCUACAUUUGGCUCUUCUGUCCAGGUGGGAGAAGUAUGAUGCCAAAGGAUGGACUGAGAAAGGAGCGCACAAGUAUGGCAAACUGAAUGAACAAUCAUGGUGGGAGAAAUGGGGAGAGCAUUAUGAUGGAAGAGGAUCAGUUCUGAAAUGGUUUCUUCCAAUUUUCUCUCAUUUCCUUUCAUUUACUGCUGUUCUGCUUCUAUCCGAUGCUAUGCCAAGUGUUACUCAAAAUAUGUAAAACUACAAAGCAAUUAUGCGGGCUUGUUAGCCAUCAUGGUGAAAAUAACUUCAAAGUAGAACUGAAUGACCGUUAAUAGAUGAGAUACUGUAGAAAGCAGUAGGAGAAUGACUCAUGGUUUCGUCUGAGAGAAUUCUUCAAAGUAAGAGAAUUAUCUUGAAAUUCGGUUGGCAUGGAAAUCAGUUCAAGAUACAUUUCAAAACAGUUCUGCUCCUUAUUCCUUCAUUUAUGUUAACUACUUGUAGUGCAGCUGCAAAAUGGGUAUUUGGAAAAAGGGAAUGAAAGACCUUUUGACUAGAUUUCUGCAUAGAAUUUUUCUCAGGCUUGUUCAUCAAUUUAUUGGUGAUGCGAUGUAGCCUCCAAUGUGUCUCCUGUUUAGAUCCAAGUCUGUUGGAGCAGUAAAUGUGGAUAUUUCAUGUGAAAUAAUGCUUCCCUAGGAAUUUUGAUGUCAUCAAUGCACGAGUGAUUCACAACAUAUCACAGCGCUAUUCAAUCUUUAGUGAAUCCACGACGAACUUCAAGAGCUCCUUCAUAUCAUGCCAGACAGAUUGCUUCUUAUUUUGAUGCCAUUUCUUAUUAUUAGUAUCGUAUUGACCUCAUUUUACUGUAUUUUACUUUCUUCUCAGGACAGAUAAAUGGGCAGAGACCGAAUUAGGUGCUAAAUGGGGGGACAAGUGGGAAGAGAGAUUCUUUGCUGGAAUAGGUUCUCGUCAAGGAGAGACAUGGCAUGUAUUCCCUAAUGGCGACCGUAAGUUGAUUUUCCAUUUCUCUCUAUGCCACUUUUUACACGUAGCCAUCAUUCCGCAUGCAUUUUUCUUUACUCAUUUUGCUCCGUUUAUACUUGCAAACAAUGCAUCUGCAUGUAGGAUGGGUUAUGAAUGAUGAGAAAUUAUUUUAUCCAGCAUCAUAUAAUAGUGGAUCAAAAUUUCAGUUGCUAUUUUAUGAAUGCAUCAAUAUUCUUACGUAUAUCUUGGUACAUCUGCAUGUGCGACUUGCUCUCGAUGCACUUGUAAGAGUGCAACAUCAUAUCCAUGGCUCUGCUAGCAUGCCAGAAAGCCGGGUCCUCAGACAGAGGUCCUCCAGUUAUGGGGACAUUAUUUUCCUGCAGUGACCCAAUUCCCCACCCAGUAUGCACUUCUCUCCAACUCUUUUCCUUUUGCUUUACACGGACGAUCUGGAGUUCUUAACACGAAAUUAACCAACCCCCCCUACACCCACUCCGAAUGAAGGAAGAGCGUGCCUACUCCGAGUUUUAUCUCCUUCUUCACCUUUUCUCACUGAGAGGAUAAUAAUUCGUCAUUUCUCAAGUGUCUCCCUCCAGGGUAAGCUCUUUUAGCGCACCUUUUCCAUCUUGAGAACCACGGAUGCGGAUCAUUGACUGACCAGUAUGUUGCUAUAUUUUUUAUGCUUUACCUGACCAGCCAUCCAUCACGACUGUAUAAGUCAUCUUUUAUUCAUUGGGAAGUAAACGUGCCCACCGAGAGUUUAUCACCUUUCCCCAGAAGUGUUUCAGUUGUAGAGUAGAGAAAUCCGCCCCUUCUCCUCAAGAGUUGGCUGUAACAAUACUGACGGAGGCUUCUCUUGUCCAUUUGCCAACGUCAGAAGUCAAUCAGAACGCUUAAGGGCUGUGCACAUUGAUUCUAACCUGAUGUCUUGGUUCGUUGCAAGGGAUCUCGCAUCUCAUCAAACCUUUGCAAGAUCGCCGUUUCACAAGAUUAUAAGAAAGGAGUAUAACCAGCUUGAGGGUGGCUGAUGGUCGACGCUGUAGAGGGCAAUGGCUGCAGUCACGAAACACUCCUAUUCAUUUCAUGAAAAAUAUAUUUUUCCUAAUCCCUAGUUAACAUGCAUGAAUCUGGUGCCGCGGGUUUUUGUGAAAUCUGAAUAAUUUAGGAAAAUGAUUUUGGUGCGGAAUAUUGUAAACGCUGACAUAAUUCCACUCAAAGAUAAUGGAUGAUGAUACACCAACUAGAUGAACUAAUGUGCCAUAAUUCCUGCCAAUCGGCGUUAGUGUUUUCCUCUGGUCUUAUUGAUUGGUGAUUCAUACGCAUACGUUUGCCGUGAGUGUUCAUUCCGUAUUGGCCAUUCAUCUUAACAUCAUCCUGUUGGGUUUUAUGAUUUCAUCAGCCGGAAAAUUAUAGUGGUCACUUCUCUCUCUCUCUCUCUCUCUCUCUCUCUCUCUCUCUCUCUCUCUCUCUCUCUCUCACUUCAGAAAUUGCUUACAUGUUUUUAUGAACUGAUAACUUUCUUUCCAUAGCUCAGGUUGGUCAAGGACCUGGGGAGAAGAGCACUUCGGGAAUGGGUAAAUUCUCAUCCGUUCCUCGUGAUACUGCAUUUAUCCGCCAAUCCACGUCUAGGUUCAUUAUGUGUUCGAUUUCGGGACAAACCAAGGAAACGGGAGUUCGUUUCGCUGAUUUUAUCAGUAAAAAAAUUAUACAUUAGUUUUGAUCACAUAAUCGACAUCGCAUGUUGACCUUGCUGUUCCAGGAAGGUUCACAAAUAUGGAAAGAGCACCACGGGAGAAAGCUGGGACAUUGUCGUGGAUGAGGAAACCUAUUACGAGUAAGGAAUGGAUAGAUGGCCUCCGGUCUGAUCCAUUUUUACACUAUCCCUUGGUUUUUCUGGGUUAACGCGUGUGUUCUCGUGAAGGGCCGAGCCUCACUACGGAUGGGCCGACGUCGUGGGGAACUCUAGCCAGCUGCUCUCGAUCCAGCCCCGAGAGAGGCCGCCGGGGGUCUACCCGGAGGUUGACUUCGGCCCCCCGCCGCCGCAGCCCGAAGACUCGCCGGAUGCCUCGUCCCCAACGUAG